AUGGGCGACCAUCUCGCAUUGAUCGUGGGCCGGCUGCUGACGGAGUCGAUGCUGGACGCGGCGAUCGGCGGUGGGAAGCAGAUGGUCGAUCUGCGUCAGGAGACGGUGGACGUCGAGUACUGCCAUCGUGGGCUAGGCGGCGGCUCGGCGACGAAGGCCGGUCCACAGGGCGGGUGUCGCUCACGCGCUCCAUCGAGAACAUCGAGUGAGGUGGUGUGCUGCUGCUCUAAAGAAGGGAGGAGAGGAAGUAGCGACAAGGUCGCCAAGACCACCUGGCGCGAUGUCUCCUACCAGAUCACCAAGAUCAACAUGUACAAGGAUGGUCGGCAUGUACAAGAUAUGCUUAAGGUCAAACAUCACUAUGAUAUUGCUGAGAUGGUCCAAUCAGUGACAAUGCUGGUGGUAUUGUUGAGAUGGCUGGAAUGAGCCACAAAAUCUGAGAGAACUGAUGCUCU